AUGAAGGUCGGCUCCAGGCACUUGAACCCUACUCGGUUAGCUACAGAAGGAUUGGAUCUACCUGUGGAAGAUUCUACGUGGCGAUCUGGGACCGGAGUUCCGUGCUAUGUUUCCACUGCGAAAUUGCAACCGGACGCACGGCCACAGGCUCACACUCCGGAAGCGGUGACUUCCCUCUGGAAUUCACUCCCGUCGGAGGUGGUGGAGGAACGGAACGAGGAGUGUUUCAAACGCCGUCUCGACGAGCAAUUAGUGAGACGAUGGUAA